AAACGCAUGUUGAUGGAUUAAUAUUAAGCAUUAUUGCUGUGUGACGUAGCAGUCUGGUCCCGAGGUGCUUUCAUCCGCGGUCCCGUCUACUAGUGAAAGCGCCCGCCUCGCUCUGAGCGCGAACGGAGUUCAAUUCACGAGCCCUCAGUUCGACGUUCACCUCCGUAGGAGACAGUUGGCAAAACCGGCGUGGCGAAGCUUCAACAGUGAAAGUGAGGGUUAUCAAGUGGGAGGAAGAUAGUCAGAGAGAGCGACAGAGACACACAGGUCAUCGUGCCCUGGUCAUUUCUUCACCAUGAAGAGACUUAUAUUACCACUGGGGCUGAUUUUGGUGGUUUUCGGGCAGUGCGGCAUUCUUGCUGGUAAAGUGAAUAAGCAUAAGCCAUGGAUUGAGACGUCUUACCACGGUGUGAUCACGGAGAACAUGGACACAGUCUUGCUGGACCCCCCUCUGGUGGCGUUGGACAAGGAUGCCCCAGUGCCCUACGCAGGAGAAAUCUGCGCAUUUAAGAUCCACGGGCAGGAGGCCCCGUUCGAGGCGGUGGUGCUGACCGGACGUCGGGCGAGGGAGUCCUGAGGGCGCGGAGCCCCAUCGACUGCGAGCUGCAGAAGGAGUACACGUUCAUCAUCCAGGCCUACGACUGCGGAGCGGGGGCCAGCGGCGCCGGCUGGAAAAAGUCACACAAGGCGGUGGUGCAUAUCCAAGUGGAUGAUGUGAAUGAGUUUGCUCCAGUGUUCCGGGAGCCUGUGUACCACGCCACACUGACGGAGGGGAAGAUCUAUGACAGCAUCCUUCAGGUGGAGGCCUGGGACCAAGACUGCUCGCCACAAUACAGCCAGAUCUGCAACUACGACAUCGUCACCCCACACACACCCUUUGCCAUCGACCGCAAUGGCAACAUCCGCAACACAGAGAAGCUGAGCUAUGACAACCAGCAGCACUACAAGAUCAUGGUCACUGCCUUCGACUGCGGCCAGAUGAAGGCAACAGAGAACGUGCCCGUGCACAU